UAGAAUGUUGGACCGGGGAGAUGUCUGCGCUCCUCGCCAAGUCACCGGCCCAUGUCGCCAAAGUAUGCUACGAGUACGAGAAUGUGGCCAUGAUAUAUUACAUCACAAAGAAAGGCAUCGAGCAGACGAAACGAUUCAAACUUCGUCCGGAUGAUGUGUACGUCAUCAGUUACCUCAAAGCAGGAACUACCUGGCUCCAGCAGAUUGCUAUGUUAGUACGGCUUGAAGGUGAUCUCUCAUUCUUCGAAGGAAAGCACAUCAUCACGAUGGUUCCUUACUUGGAGACAUGCACUUUAGAGGACAAGAUGGGAGAUCCUAGGAAAGCCAUAAUUCAGAUCGCCGAGUUCAUGGGGAAAACUUUACCAGACGACAUCAUUGACCGUAUCAUCGAAGCGUCAAGUUUCAGUUUCAUGAAGAAUAACACGAGCGCGAACCCAGAUGUCGCUUUUAAGAAAAGCUUGGACCUCACCAAGAAUAAAACAUUCAUGCGAAAAGGUAUGGUUGGAGAUUGGAAGAAUUACUUCACAGAAGAUCAAAAUCGUCGCUUUGAUCAACUCUACCAAGAAAAGAUGGCCGGGUCUGGACUCGAGUUUACUUUUGAAUGACCAUCGUCAAUAUCUUGCAUUUCAUAAUGAUUACAUUAGGUUACACAAGGUUAAACAUCGCAAAUUUAAACGCAACAUCG